AUGGACAAUAAACUGGACUUUCUCUUUUUAACAGAAACAUGGCACAAACCCCUGGACUACUUUUCCCUCAAUCAGGCCACCCCCACAGGCUACACCUAUAUUGAUAAACCCCGCCUAGAAGGCAGAGGUGGCGGCAUUGCAACAAUUCACAAUAAGGAUCUCAAAAUCAUUUCACUUUCCAUGCCAACCGUCUCCUCCUUUGAACAUGUUGCUCUCAAACUCCCUGGUUCCCCCCCUCUCAUUAUUGCUAUUAUCUACCGCCCACCUAAACCAAGCCCAGAUUUUCUGACUGACCUUUCUGACCUCCUCACACAGCUCUGUGCCCUCUCCCCAUCCGUUCUCCUCCUCGGUGACUUCAACAUCCACAUUGACAACCCCAGUUGCAGUCUAGCCCGUGAAUUUCUGGACAUCCUACAAUGCUUCAGCUUCACCCAACACUGCCAUUUCCCCACCCAUAACCAUGGCCACACCCUGGACCUUAUCUGUUCAACCGGCCUGGAAACAUCCCCCCCCUCCUGCCACGAUCUCCAUAUCUCUGAUCACUUACUUAUCAAAACAGUUAUAACCCUCCCCGACCCACCCACCAGACUCAAACGAACCAUCAACUUCCGGAACCUCAAAUCAAUCAGCCCAUCUGCCCUCACCGCCGCUCUCUCUCUCAACCUCACCACAUCACCCCCACAAGCGUCCGAUAACCCCUCUGAUCUUGUCACCUACUACAACCAGACUCUCUCCUCCUGUCUGAACCUACUUGCCCCUGUAAAAAGCAAAUCCGUCACAUUCGCCCGCUCUGCUCCUUGGUACACCCCAGCACUCCACCAGCUGAAACAAAAAAAACGCCAACUUGAAAGACUCUACAGGAAAACCGGACUCACAAUUCACCUCCAGCUCUAUAGAGAUCACCUCCAUCAGUACAAAGCCACCCUCAACUCCGCCCGCUCAGCAUACUACUCCAACAUCAUUCACUCUGGCUCCAGCAACCCCAGGACCCUGUUCUCCACCAUCAACUCACUUCUGGCACCACAUGACAACAGCACUUCAACCUUCACACCAGACAAAUGCCAGACUUUCCUUCAGUUCUUCCAGUCCAAAAUAGACAACAUCUACAACAGCCUCCAGUCCGCAACUUCCGCCCCCACACCCCACCCCAAGUCCCCCCCUUGUGCUCCCCCCACACCUCUGCUCAGCCCCUAUCCCAGUUUUCCCCCAUCUCUCAUGCCCAACUCUCCCAGUUAA